AUGGAUACGGUGUCCAAGGCGUUCAAUAACAACCUGAAUGCUUUGGCAGCUGAAAAGAAAAGAUUCUUUGCGUACAUCGCUGAAAGCUACACCGACUAUCCCGUGGAUACAGUUAUUGGAGACGGUCGUGGUGUAUCUGGGAUGAAACCUUGCAGCGUGCUGUACCUGAGUCGAUACAAGGCAGAAGAUGUGGUUUUGCGACCAGGGUUGAAAUACACAGGUUUCCUCAUAGUGAGGGUUGACAAAGACGACAAGGAUGAGGUUCAAGGGGGAGCGCACUACAGCAGAAUUCUGGAUCCCAUGCGACCACGUGCUUACCGUCAGCUCCACCUAAGUGGUCCAGCGUAUGGUUUCAGUGGUUAUUUCAAACCGGUUUUCUUGGAGCCUGAAGACGAAAGAAGUAUGCUUGGAGCGUUUUUCACUGUGCUUGUGCCGCUGCUGGCAUUCCUGACGAUGGCUACUGUUAUGGGACUGUUUGUAUUACACAGACGUGGCGAGAUCUCACAAUGGUGUCACUGGCUGUGGAUGUCAAAGCAGUCGUCGAUGGGUGCCGAACGAACUCUUCUUCGCCCAUCUACCUACCACGCGAUAGCCGCACUUCCCCUUAUAGCUCGCGCGUUGCUAGUGCUCGAAAGAGGAACGCUGUAUAAUGAAUACGUGCCUUCGAUGCGACUCGUGUAUAAGCACCGCGUGAUAAACGAUGAUGGCACGGAACUACAUCACGCAAUGAUAAGGGGUUGGAAUGGUCGCAAAUUUUUCAUCGCAGCGCAGGCCCCACUUGACACAACUGUGGCGGACUUUUGGCGAAUGAUCUGGGAACAAGACUCAAGAUUGAUUGUCAUGGUCGCAAAUUUGUUCGAAAAGAACCGUCAACAAUGCACCAAAUACUGGCCUGACGACCAACCCACAAGGUAUCCUUCUACGUUCAGACAGAUUCAAUUCUAUAGUUGUGUGGACAAUAAGGCGGAAGUGAUAGUGUGCCUUCAAAAUCUUGUUGAAUACAGAUAUGGCGACUUGCUAAUUAGUCCCCGAGAAGCGUCCUACUUUGCGGAUUACGCCGUUCGGUGUUUCGAUGUUGAGCCCGUGAACGAGCGAUUCACUAGGAUGUCACCUGGAGCUAGAUCGGAUGUGGGUUCCAUUGAUUCUAAUCCCGGAUCCGAAUACGCUAAUGUGCCUUCUGUGAGACAUUUGAACGGCCACGCAGAAACCUCAUUUGUUGGAUCUGGGAAUGGUUCGUUUUAUAUUUACGAUGAAAUUCCAUCAAAGGCAGGC